AACCGGCUGGGCCUCGCCGCGCGGCCCAGCCACCCCCGGAGUCGCCCGCGCUGCGCUCCGUGCCCCGGACCCGAGGCUGCCUCUCGCUCCUCCGACUGACGCCAUGAAGAUCAAGGAUGCCAAGAAGCCCUCUUUCCCAUGGUUUGGCAUGGACAUUGGAGGGACUCUCGUAAAGCUCUCAUAUUUUGAACCUAUUGAUAUCACAGCAGAGGAAGAACAAGAAGAAGUUGAGAGCUUAAAAAGUAUUCGGAAAUAUUUGACAUCUAAUGUAGCGUAUGGAUCCACUGGUAUUCGGGAUGUACAUCUUGAACUGAAAGAUUUAACACUUUUUGGCAGAAGGGGGAACUUGCACUUUAUCAGAUUUCCAACCCAGGAUCUGCCCACUUUUAUCCAAAUGGGAAGAGAUAAAAACUUCUCAACAUUACAAACGGUGCUAUGUGCUACAGGAGGUGGUGCUUACAAGUUUGAAAAAGAUUUUCGCACAAUUGGAAACCUCCACCUGCACAAACUGGAUGAACUUGACUGCCUUGUAAAGGGCUUGCUGUAUAUAGAUUCUGUUAGUUUCAAUGGACAAGCAGAGUGCUAUUAUUUUGCUAAUGCCUCAGAACCUGAGCGAUGCCAAAAGAUGCCUUUUAACCUAGAUGAUCCCUAUCCGUUGCUGGUGGUGAACAUUGGCUCUGGAGUCAGUAUUUUAGCAGUCCAUUCCAAAGAUAACUACAAACGAGUGACUGGGACGAGCCUUGGAGGGGGUACCUUUCUGGGUUUGUGUAGCUUACUAACUGGCUGUGAAAGUUUUGAAGAGGCUCUUGAGAUGGCAUCCAAAGGUGACAGCACCCAAGCAGACAAGCUGGUCCGUGAUAUUUAUGGAGGAGAUUAUGAAAGAUUUGGUCUGCCAGGUUGGGCUGUAGCAUCUAGUUUUGGAAAUAUGAUUUAUAAGGAGAAGAGAGAAUCUGUUAGUAAAGAAGAUCUGGCAAGAGCUACCUUAGUUACUAUCACCAAUAACAUCGGUUCUGUGGCACGAAUGUGUGCUGUCAAUGAGAAAAUAAACAGAGUUGUCUUUGUUGGGAACUUCUUACGUGUCAAUACUCUCUCAAUGAAGCUAUUGGCAUAUGCACUGGAUUAUUGGUCCAAAGGUCAACUGAAAGCACUGUUUCUAGAACAUGAGGGAUACUUUGGAGCUGUUGGUGCACUUCUUGGGCUACCAAAUUUCAGCUAAAGCAUGAAGUCUGUCCCUGCUAAUAAAUGUCAUCCAAAAGGAACUGAACCAGAGGCAUUAUUACUGCAUUGUUUGUCACUGAGAACCAAAGGAUAAAAGAAUACCACUAUUUCCUAUUGCUUUUAAAUGUCGGAGUGGUCCUGGAUAUUGCCAUACUAAAAGAGAGAACUCCAUGACAUGUGAAGUAUUUCUUGUUGAAAUGUUUUCCUUCCUGUAGAUAGGCAGUUUUAGAUCCUUAAAUGCAAUACAGCCUCUGCUAAUUGAGCUUUCUCUCAAAAAUUUUUCUAUUUAUUUUACAUAGCCAACAUUGUAGUACUGUAUGUUCAAAAUACAAAUCUUAAAGACUCAGAAAAAUUUAACUUACGAAAAUAAUUGAUUCUCGGUAUUUGUCAGAAGUCUGUUAUAUGUGUGUUAUGGGUUACUAAAGAGCGGACAGUAACAACCUGUAUCAAUACUGAAAUGGCAAUCAAAGAUGAUCAUUUUUAUGUCAUUUUAAAAUGUUUAGACAAUAUUAAUUAUUAUAGUUUUUCUGACAUAAUCCCAUUCCCCAUAAAAGCAUGUUUUUGUGAUCUUUACCCAAAGGUAUAACUUUUCUCAGAUGCCAUAAUUUAAAUGCAAUACUCUUGUUAAGUUUUAGCCCAGGCUUUAGAAUGAAUCCUGGAAAAUGCUCAUUCUUUGCUGGCAUCGCACUUUCUGUGAUUUGAGUUAAUUGGCACAUGCUAAAAUGUUUCGUGUAUUUAUCAAUGAAAGCUUGAUUACUUUGGGGUUUUGGCUCAGGCUGUCCUGGAAGUAUGGUGUGAGUGAAUUGCUUAGAGUUCUUAGCCCUUUUUGGUGAAUUACCAUGUUUAUCUCAGGCCCACACUUGUGUUGUUUCUUUCCAUUACAUCUGAACCUUCAGAGCUAAAGGUUUGAUUCCAUUAUGAAGAGCAGCCAACAUCACGUUUAUUCUAAAUGGAGGUUGUGUAAACUAAAAGCUGAUUUAUAUGAAACUUGUGGAGAGUCUAAGGCAGUAUUGCAGAAUUAUAAAAGGAUCAGUGUUUCAUACAUUCUGGUAAUAAAAAAGCAUUGUAGUUCUCAGAUUUGUAAAUCCUGUUACCUUGAAAUUUAUUCUGUAUUUUAGAUUAACUUUUUACAAUGUUAGAGAUUUUUUUCAGAUUUUUACAUUGGCAGUAACAUUUGGAGGUUCAUUAGUUGGGUGAAGUUAUUCCAGUCUUGGUUAUGGUUUAGGAAGUAGGAGAAACACCACCUCUGUAAAUCACCAGUAGAUUUGGAUGUACUUUGAAGAGCUUGAGAGUUGUUUACAUUAUGAAGGAAGUAUUUGUGUUUUUACAGAACAUAGUGUUGUUCAGUACAGAGCAGUUUUCAUUAGACUGUUAAGAGGUGCUUGUUAAAAACAUUUCUCCGUAUAAUUUUCAAAAUUUUUGCUUAAGCAUUUAAAAUCCAGUUUUCAUUUCCUGAAGACAUGAACAUAUAAAUAAUAGGAGUAAGUAUAUAAAGGGGAACGCCUAUAGCAGUAACUUAAACUGUUUGGAACUUUGGAUUCAUACCAGUCAAUAAUCAAUUUAAAGUGAUGCUUUCGUGUUUCUUGCUUUAACUUUUCUGUUCCAGUGACUGGAUAUUUCAGCCAAAAUGUCAGUGGUUUGAUCUGUCUUAAAAGUUUCUGAUUUGGCCAUCAGAUAGAAAUCUUAUUCAACGAAAGUAAUUACCAGACUUAUUUAUACUGAUAGCAAACUCUGUACAUCUUUACCUAUAGGUUUAAGGCUGUCUCUUUCAGAAAAAUAAUGAAAUGGACAAAGACUAUUUAAGUUAAUUUAGUCACUAUAAUACCGAACAAAAAAAUGAUUUAAUACAUUUUGUCCUUUGAAGUUGAAAUUAACUGCUAAAUACAGGUAAACUGGACAACCAUCUCACCACUGUUGGUCUUAGGUCUUUUGCAUACAAAAUAUAAAAUUCUUAGGAUAGGAAUAUAGAAUUGUGAAGAAGGCUACCAAGAUUCUGUUUUUUGUAUUAUGAUCUCCAGAAAUUUCCGUUUAGCGUGCGGUGGUAAAUAGGUUUGGAUCUAAUUUUACCUUUCCUAGUAAACACAUAAAGUAACAAGAAAUGUGAAAUUUUUUUAAUUAUAUAUUUUUAUCUAACUUAAUGCCUAAAUAUGUUAUUUCAAUAUAAAAUAUGUUACCCUUUUUCUGCUCUUAGUCUUUAAAAAUGUGUGCUUUACCCUUCCGGCAUCUCAAUUUGAAUUGACCACAUUACAGAUUUCAGUAGCUGUAUAUGGGUAAUGUCUGCUAGGUGAGACAGCAUAGUUGUAUGAAAACUUGCUGAAUUUGGGCUUUUAGAAGAAUAUUUGAUAAAGAAAAAAUUAGGACCCUUAUUUUUUAAAUAGAUAAGGAGUAAGCUGUAUUUCUGACCAUUCCCAAACUCUUAUGUUGGCAUCCUGCCAUGUCAUUGUAGUGUGUAUCAUUUUUUCCUAUGAUGCUCAUAAAAUUGCCCAAGACAAUCCUGCCAGUUGCCAGCAAUCUCCAAAAUAGGUAUUUCCUUCAGUGAAGCAAAUUUGAUGGUUCUAAUGAUUGUUUGUAAAAUUCUAAUUAACUUUGAGCAGGUAACUUUAGAGUAUUAAAAAGAUUAUGAAAGUUAUUUAUAAUUUGUAGGCUUAAUUUUCAUUUGUAAAAAUUAUAUUAACUUUUUCAAAUGCAAAGAGCACUCUGUUUGCUUUGGGCUUGGAAAACACAUGACAUAAAAAUUAGCACCACCAUCCCUUGUCCCCAGAGAAGAUUGCCUUUUAAAUAGAGACUUUCUAAAUCAGUUCUGCACCCAGAUGUCUUCAAUGACAAAAGAAUGAGCAGUAUUGUCAAGUAAGUUGGCAUGGCAAGUUCUUGCUCAGCUACUCAAAUUUGAAUAUGGAGGAAGUGAGGUGGACUCAGGUUGGGGUCAGUACACAUGAAAUCACCAGGAAUACACUUGAUAAUUCAAAGCCCUUUAAAGAAAUUGAGGUUAUUUGCCAAGUAUUAGGCUAAAUAAAAAUUCCUGAGUCUUGGGUGAUUUUUUGUUUUACUUUUGAGUGCUCAUCUGAUUGCUAUAUUGUAAGUACCAGUUUCUGAAAGACCAUUUUUGUAAGUAGAAUGAUGUAGCUCAAAGUAGAAAAUUUUUCUUCUUUUUCCAAUGUAAUUCUUGCCUUCAAAGAAUAAUCCAUCAUAUCUUGCCUUGAAUUUUUUUAAGAUUGUGUUCUUGGUUGAAAGCUUAGCUAGGCAGUAGAGUCUAAAUAUCUUUUAUAACCACUCUGCUUAUUACAAACUAAAUUUUUCCAUAUUUCAUUUUGUGUGUGUGUGUGUGUUUCUGUUGAGCACUUUAUAUGCUUUUUAGUCUAUUGCAUUUAAGAAUGUAUUUUAGGAAUUCUCCAUUAAAGCCAUGUAAAAACUGAUAAAGAAUAAUGAAAAUGUGUAUGUUGUUUUGCAUUUGAUUUAACUGUUUUGUGGUGUGUGAAAACUGAAUAUUAGUAAUAUAUGCCUUUUUGUAAUAAUACUCUGACCUUAUUUAAGGUGAUUGCCAUGAAACAUCAGUAAUGUGCUGUUUUCUGAUAAUUUGUUUAUUCUUGUGUGUUUAAUACUGAAGGAAUUCAACCAAACUUUGUUUCUGUCAUUAGAUGAAGCAUUAUCUGUUUCACUGCCUGUUUUCAAGAGUAAGUUGUCCUGUAUUUUGUACUGAGCCUAGUGACGAUUGGUGAAGACCCCAAAAGUAGUUUUCUUCCUUUAGUGUUUCCACUAUUAAUAGCCCAGUAACAAUGACGAUGUAAUAAGUGAAUAAUUCCUGCUUUUCUGCCAUGUCUAAAUUUUGAGAAAUUCCCACUUGUUAAAGGUGCACGUGUUGCCGCUUGUUAAAGCGAUCCCUACUGUUAGCAUUAUCUGUCUUGUGUAUUCAGUGGACUGGGUCAUAAUUUGGUGUUGUAUUAGAGAUAGUGCCAGACAGUGGUAACUUUUUUUGAAUGUUAUUUUCUUUAUUUGUAAAAUGAGGGAAUUGUUCUGUUACAGUGGGAAAUGGCUUAGUUAUCAUCAAGAUCCUGAGAAACAAAUUGAUUGAUUAAUUUCUGGCAGUAUUUGGAAUGGCUAAACAAUUUCUUUAGAUAGUUGGUGUCAUGUUUUGGAGUUAAAUUUUGCAGUUAUUAAUCAUUUUUAUUUGUAAAUGUUAAUAGGUACUAAGUUUUUGUAUCUUCACCAAACUAAUAGAAUGAUAUUGGUUCUCUCAUAUUAUGUUAUUGCCUAUAAUGACCAAGUAAAUAUACCUUUAAUGUGAA